UAGUAACCAAAUCGUCAUCAAAGUUCCAACAAAGCAGCUGUAGCCUGUAGCUUGUUGUUAACUUGUUGGCGGUCGUCUUAAGACUGGAAAGAGGAAUAAGCGCUCAGUUAUUUCCUAACACAGUAACACUACUGUCUUGUGUAUUUUCCUCAAAUCCUUGACUAUCUAUCACCCAAAAAUGGCAAAAGUUUAUGAGUUUGACGUUGCAAUGACCUGUGAAGGCUGUUCUGGUGCAGCUCAGCGAGUCCUUGGCAAGCUUGGAGAUAAGGUCUCCAAAGUUGACAUUGACCUGCCAAACAAGAAAGUUUACGUCACUUCAGCAAGCCUGUCUGCUGAAGAACUCACUGAAACACUGAAGAAGACUGGCAAGGAUGUUUCCUACAUUGGCUGUAAGGAUGCAUAAAUAAAAUUGCAUCAAUUAUCAUG